AUGGCCACUCUUCGGGUCAAACAGACCUCCACUGAAACUGCGACUGCACCUAUCUCUCCUGCAGGUGUCAUUCAAGGCAUUUCCGAAAUCAGGUUCCAAUCCACACAUAGGAUACGCUCUUGCGCAAACAGCGAAAUGAACCAUAAUGUCUGUGGAGACCCACAUUUAAUCGAUACCGUUGAUGUCAAGGCGAUGCUUCCCAUUAAUCUCGCGCGUAGAGUUCUCGUUCACACCGAACCAUCGAACUGUGAGGCCUCUUCAAGUUCUGGAAGCCCGGCAUCCUCUCCCACGUCCGAAGUUCUCGAUGGUGAUACUUCAUUGUCAUCAUCUUACGCCUCUCAAACUCCAGUCGCCAACCUGAAAUCGAUUCUGAAAAAUCCAAUAGGACCACGAACUCCACAGACCUCUAAACCCACAGAAUUUGACCUGGAAGAUAACGUUGAAUAUGAUUCAGAUUCAGACAUGGACGAUGACGAUGACGAUGACGAGGAGGAAGAGGAGGAGGAAGAAGAAGAGGAGGAGGUGGAGGUUAGUGGAGGUUAUAAAACUGGAACCAGUGACUCGAACUGUUCUGAUGAAGGUGAUGAGAAUGAAUAUUCGGACGAUGAAGGUUCCUUCAUUUGCUUCGCCAAUUCCGUGCACUUCAGCGCUAAGGAUGACAUCCGCAUCAUUCCCUGCAGGGAUGAGAUUGUGGACGGUCGUGCAGAACCUGAGAUGACGUUUCACGAACAAGCCCUUCGUAUGAGAGGCUCGAAACGCGUACCCUUCCAGCCAUACACGGUCAACGGAAAAGACUAUGAUCCCAAUGAACAUAGCCGUGAUGUUAUCGAACUUGAUAAACAGCUUUUCAUAGCAUAUGUUAACGGUAUUCGUAACAUGAAUGUUGAAGACUAUCGGCCGGUUGUCUUAACUCGCACCCUGAACGCUACUUCAUGCGAUAUCGAUUUUCUUCCACUCACAGAACACCAAGUGAAUGCAUACCUUGACCGCGUCGUGGACUCAGCUCUCGGGUUUUUCCCAUAUCUGUUUGGGAAAGAUGAAUAUGACCGCAUCUUGGAUGAUGCCGAAGUCGUUACUUCGUUCGACGAUUACAACAAUGUCCUCUAUAAACCAGACUCGGGACUAUUCCAGCAAGCAAUCACACGCCAGUUAGAGAGCAAGCUAGCAGACACCGCCGCAAUAAUCGAAAACGAUAUCCUCGACUGGGUUGCUGGAGAGCUCAUCGAGCCGCUGGGACGCCACGCGUCGUUCCGUUGGGGAUAG